UUCCCGGAAAACGAGAGAGAAAGUGCGAAAAAAUUCCAAAACUCUUUUCUUCUUUUUCUCUCUCUACGUUUCUCUUUGCGUUAGACGACGGAGCUUUAAGCGUAUCAGUUCUAUGCAUUAAGCACCAUUUUUUUCUUCUUUCUCUUAGGAGUCGAGAGAGAUCGUAGCGAUGAAAACCAAACAGCAAUCGCGAUACCUCGCUACGAUUCUGCUCACGGUGCUUCUCUUUGUGCUAGCGAAGGCUAAUACUGAUCCGCUCGAAGUUUUGGCACUUCAAGAUCUCUACAAAUCCCUGAGCAAUCCAGAGCAGCUGAGAGGAUGGAGAUUGGAGGGUGGAGAUCCAUGCGGAGAAACUUGGAUGGGAGUUUCUUGUUCUGGUUCUUCUAUUGUAGACCUACAACUACGAGAGUUAAAGCUUUUGGGAAGCCUUGGAAACCAACUUCAACAUCUCCACAACUUGAAGACCAUGGAUGUGAGCUUCAAUAAUCUUCAAGGUGAAAUUCCAUUUGGCUUGCCUCCAAAUGCUACUCAUAUAAACAUGGCUUGUAACAANCAAUGUUCUCUUGGCUUCAAGCUCGAGGGAAAGCAGACCCAAAGCUUGCACUGA